AUGUUAAGAAGAGAGCUAACCCAGAAGUACCAGACCAAUCCCUCCAUAAUCCAAAGUGGGGAAUCUAAAAUAAGAAGUCAUCGGUCAUCUGCCAAUUCUUCUGCUAGAGUUCUGAAAGAAGAUACUACCGAUAAAUCUCGAUCUAAAAACAAGUUAUAAGAAAGCCUCGUAAGAGUAGCAGGAAAGUAGGGUACCAAAAGUUAAAUAGCGAGAGGAGGAAGCAUAGGCCUGAUCCAAGCCUCGCAAGUAAUAGCAAGACUAAAAGUACGAAUGAUAGUUCUGGCCAACAUCAGCAUACCUUCAUGACAAUGUCUUCCCAACCAACGAAUAUGAGUACCUCAGUUGAGGGUAAAGUUAAAGCUCGAAAUACAAUAACAGAGAAUUCUUAUUCAAAAUCUUAUGACAAUUCAUCUAAAAGUAAAGCUAAAAAGGGGAAUUUCACUUCUGCUGACCUCAAAUCUCAAUAUUUGUCCAAUGGAAAUAAGAAAUAAAAUAGAAGAAAAUAAAAGAAGCCUCUGUUCAGAAAAAGGAGAUAAGAAAUUUAAAUAAUAACAUGUCUCACGCGGCUAUAAUUGAGCAGAUUUUACAAGGGAUGAAACCUAAAAUGAAUCCAUUAGACUUACGCCUGCCUAAUGAAGAGAGCACUAAGUUUUCUAGUAAGAAAAAUGGCAUAAUUGCUGGCUAUGCUGCCAAUACUAACCAAGGAAUAAUUCGAACUUAUAAUGAAGAUCGAGUCUCAAUAAUUCUCAAUAUCGUUAAGCCGAAAGGUAAAGAAAAUAUUUCUAAAUGGCCUAAAUGCUCAUUCUUUGCUAUUUAUGAUGGUCAUGGAGGCAAUGUUUGAGCAGACUUUCUCAAAGACAAUUUACACCAGUUUAUUGUCCGCCAAGACUGAUUCCCAAAAGAUGUCAAAACUGCCAUUAAGUUAGGCUGAAGAGAUGCAGAGCAACUCUUUUUCGACCUCUCUGAAGCUCAAGCUAAAAAGACUGGAGAACUUGAUAAAUCAGGUAGCUGAGCAAUUGCCGUUCUUAUUGUUGAAAAUACCGCAUAUGUUGCUAAUGUUGGAGAUUCGAGAUGCAUCUUGUCAAGAAACAGUGGUAAAGAAAUCGUUUCAUUAUCAGAAGAUCAUCGCCCAGACAGAAAAAUUGAACAUGAUCGGAUUACUCAAAAUGGAGGGCAUAUCUAUCAGACCCAAUCAAGCCAGAAAGUCCGAGAUCAACAUGGAAAUAUAAAAACUGAAACAAUCGUGGGCCCUCUUCGUGUUUUCCCUGGAAGACUCUCUGUUUCAAGAACCUUUGGAGAUAUUGAAGCUAAACUUGAAAAAUAUGGGGGAAAUCCAAAAGUCGUGAUAGCAGAACCUGAAAUAGAAACUUUUACUAUAGAUGAUACAUGAGAUUACUUCCAGCUAGGCUGAGACGGGAUAUUUGACAAACUCACCUCUGAACAAUCAUGAAAAUGUAUCUGGGAAACAUACAAUCAAUGUCGUAUGCCAACUGUCCAUUCACAGAUUGGAAAAGGGGUUGAGCUUACACUGAAAAAGUCGGCUUAUCUCAGAAGCUUAGACAAUAUAACAGUUGUUGUUGUUGCUUUUGAAGGAUUCUCCAAACUAUUCAACCCACCUAUUAUAUCAGAAGUAGAGUCAGAAAAAUAUCCCAUAAAUAACUCACAAUUAAAAUCAAUUGAUCGUAUCAGAAAGAGAAUGGCUCAAGAAGAUCCAAAUAGAGUUUCAAAGAUCCCUAACCAAGUUGAAUCAUCAGUUAGCAAUCUAUGGCAUAAUAAGACUCAAUUCCAAGACGAUGCCAGCACAGAAGGAAGAAAAAUGUCUUCAAAGCAAUCUGAAACCAGCAUGAGACAAAGAAAUACCUCAAAUGAUGAAAGAAAUUCUCAAGGUGGAGUGAAACUCUAUCAAGUCAAGAAAAUGAAUCACAGUUUGAAAGAUGCUAAAGCAGAAAAGCUUAACAAGACACCUAAUUUGAUGAGAAACAGCAAAUUGGAAGGCCUCUCUCACCUGGACAACUUCUCGUAUAAUGAGGGCCUCAGUAAGUCAGCAAAGCACAAACCUGGGAUUAUAAAAAUGAAGAAUCAAGGAUCAAGAAAUAGUACAAUCCACAGCACUCAUAAAAUGGGACUUACUGAUAAACAUCAUGAGUCACUUACUGAUAAAUUUAUGAGGAAAUCUGAGGAGUUCAAUAACAAAAGAGCGCAGAUCAACUCAAAAAGCCUUUCCAAAAGCAAAAAUCAAAAACUAGAUUUUGGCUCUCUAUCUAUCAAUUCUCGGAGGAAGAACAAAAACAAAGACUCAAAAGACAGUCUUCUUUCUCUAUCAAAUAGGACAAAAGAGUCAAUUAAUGCAAAUCUGACCAGCAAUCCAAUAAGAUCUUUGAUCGAUCACAGCUCAGUGGGGAAAAAGAGAAUCAUGAGCGGGUCCAAGAUCAUAAAAUCCUCAACUCAUGAUCCAAAAGAAGAUAGCUCGACAAGUAUCGAGUCUCAGUUCCAGAAACUGAAUGACUCUCAUAAAAGAAUUAAAGCCAGAAAAUACACUAAACUGAAUAAAAUCCCAAAGAUAAUGAACUCAUCAAAAUAAACCCCCAAUCAAAUCUAAAGUUUCAAUGCAACGUAGAAAAUUAGGCAAAAGCGAACAGUAUUCAAGAAUAGACUCUGAAUACUCUAGAAUAGAAAACUCGAAAAGGGCUCCCAAUAAUUCGUUAAUUUUUGGAGCUGAACGGAGUAUCAAUACAUCAGGAAAACGCUACAGGAAAUUAGGAGAUUCAGAAGAGAGGCGCAAACUAGCCCCAAAAACAGAAACAAUUUCUCAUUCAAUGACAAGAAUGAUGCGAGCAUCACCAAAAAUUCACCUAAAGCACCAUAUCCAUAAUACUAUGUCUAAAAGUUCCCAUCGAAAGGACCAAAGACCUCCAGGUGGGAGGCCUACCAAAUUGGUUAUGCACCAGGCAGUUCUAGAGCCAUCCUUACCAUCAGAUACAUCAAGGAAUCAAAAAAUUGACAGUAUCCUCCAAAAGCAUGUUCUGAAGCCAGUACGAACAACCUCAGCCAGCAGGCCUGGAGGAUCUUAUAAUAAGUCUUCAGUAAUCGGAAGAUCUCUUCAUGAAAUCUAAUAUAAUUUUUUGACUCAAUCUAAUUAAUCCAA